GUUUCGCCAUCUCCAUAAAUCCCCACCGCGCCUUAGCCCUCAACGAAUCCCAGAAAGCUUCCUUCUGCAAUCUCGACCUUCUCGAUUUCCCUGUUCUUCAUCCAUCUGUUCUUCCACGACGCAAAACCCGCUCUUUUCUCACAAAACAGAGCAAGAAAAGCUUAUCAACGAUCAUGUCGAGAAUUUCAGGCAAUCACACGGCCGAUCAGUAUGAAAUCCCGCAGAUUCUGAAGCCAAGAACCGUGGUUAAGAAGGUUGUGGCGAAAGAGCAGGGGGAGGGAGAGGGAGCUACAGUAAGGAGAAGUAUUGGAAGGCCGGAGCAUAAAAGUCUGGAUCCUUUUCUAAUGCUGGAUUAUGCAACUGUUGCUCCUCCUGCUCGUUUUCCUUUUCACCCUCAUAGAGGAAUUGAGACUGUGACUUAUGGGUUAGAGGGAGACAUCACCCAUGAAGAUUUUGAUGGCCGCAAGGGCAUAAUAAGGCCUGGAGAUGUUCAGUGGAUGACCGCAGGAAGAGGAAUAGUUCAUGCCGGAAAGCCGAUCGGCGACAGCGCCAACAAGAAUUUCCAGCUGUGGAUCAAUCUCUCCUCCAAAGACAAAAUGAUUGAUCCGAGCUACCAAGAAAUUCAAAGCGAGGACAUAAAAAGAGUUCAAAUUAACGGCAUCGAAGUCCGCAUAAUAGCAGGGGAAGCAUUCGGCGUCCGCUCUCCUAUCGACACCCGAACUCCGACCAUGUAUCUAGACUUCACCAUGAAUCCCGGAGCUCAGCUUCAUCAACCCAUCCCUGAAGACUGGAACGCCUUCUUCUACGUAAUCGAAGGCGAGGGGGUCUUCGGCGACGAAGGCUCCGUCCCUUUCUCGAGCCACCAUAAUCUGGUUUUGAGCAAAGGAGAUGGAGUGAGCGUGUGGAACAAAUCAGGGAAGUUGCUGAGGUUUCUGCUCAUUGCAGGGCGGCCAUUGAAUGAGCCGGUGGUUCAGUAUGGGCCAUUUGUCAUGAAUACGAGGGAAGAGAUAAGGCAAGCUUUUGAGGAUUAUCAGCUCUGUAAGAACGGAUUUGAGAAGGCGAAGGAGUUGAAGCUUCAGGAGUAGGAGGAGAUGAUGGAAGACAUGCGAGUAGAAUAAGAGCCGUUGCAUUUCUAUAGUAGAAUAAAUUAUAUGCAUUUAUAAAAAUUUAUGAAUUUGUUGUAUGUGUUUUGUAUUUUGCUCCUAUAGAAAGGGAAUGGGUCUCAAAAAGAGUAAUUAUUCUGUGCGGACGUCGAACUGCAUCAUUCGGAGACCAAUCAAAAUGCACUAUGUCAGUAGUAAUGGUGUGACAUGACACAUUCUGAUUGGUUUCUGGACGACGUUCGACGUACGCACAGAAUUAUUUCUCCUCUUUUGAAUUAAACUGUUUAGUAUCCUAUUGGAAAAACAAUGCACUUUUAAUUUUCUUGCACUA